UCCAGUGACGCAUCAGGAAGUGAUUCUCACGUGCGUCGGUCUGUUCGGUGUGUGGAUGAUGUCUUCACUAGACGACCAGCUGUGUCUGAACAUCAGCAGCAGUUUUCCCUCGGCUCCGUCUGGCAGGAGGAAACCUCUGAGCGCUCAGCAGCGAUGGGCCAAAAAGAAGCAGCGAGCGGAGGAGAGGAAGUUAAGCUCCGCCCCAGAGAAGACGGAGCCUUCGUUCAAACAGAUGAGGCUUCAGGAGGCUGACACCGAGGCUCCUCCCCCUGAAGACUUACUGGCUCCACCCCCUGAGCCGACAGACAGGGGUGCACAACAACAGAAGAAGAAGAAGAAGAAGAAGAAGGAUGGCGUGACGGAGGCAGGAAGGAGCAGCAUCAAGACUUCCUCUCUGUUCAAACACAACCCAGAUAUUCCUGAGAUCCUCAGUUCGACUGUUUCUCAGCUGAAGGAGAAAAUUUUCACCAGUGACUCGUUUUCAGAGCUUGAACUGCACCCCCACCUGGUGGCGACAUUGAACAAAGUCCUGAAUGUUUCUACACUGACCAGUGUCCAGAAGCAGACGAUCCCAGUCCUGCUGUCGGGACGGGACGCGGUGGUCCGCUCCCAGACGGGAUCAGGUAAAACGCUGUCGUACGCCGUUCCCCUGGUUCACAGUCUUCAGCUGGUGCGGCCCAAGGUCAGCAGGUCAGACGGUCCCCUGGCCGUGGUCAUCGUCCCCACGAGAGAGCUCGCCCAGCAGACGCUGCAGAUCUUCCAGAAACUUCUGAAGCCGUUCACCUGGAUCGUCCCCGGGGUUCUGAUGGGAGGAGAGAAGAGGAAAUCAGAGAAGGCCCGGCUGCGUAAAGGAAUCAACGUCCUGGUCUCGACCCCCGGCCGCCUGGUGGACCACAUCAGGAACACGCUGAGCAUCGUGUUCAGCUCGGUGCGCUGGCUGAUCCUGGACGAGGCCGACAGGACCUUGGAUCUGGGCUUUGAGAAGGAUGUGACCGUCAUAUUGAACAGUCUGAACUCGACAGGACCGAGCAGACAGAACGUCCUGCUGUCUGCCACACUCACACAUGGUGUGACGCACCUGGCUGAUGUUUGUCUGAACGACCCCGUCAGCAUCCACGUGUCAGGCCCCGCCUCCUCUGACCUCACCACCAUCAACGCUGGAACCUCUGACCCCGGCCCAGCCAGCCAAUCAGAGAGCUUUGCACUGCCCGAGGCCUUGAAGCAGUUUGUGGUGGUGGUUCCCAGUAAGAUCCGGCUGGUGUGUCUGGCUGCGUUCAUCAUGAACAAGUGUCAGUUUUCUCAGAACAACAAAGUCAUCGUCUUUGCGUCGAGCUGCGAGGUCGUGGACUUCCUCCACUGUCUCUUCACCUCCGUCCUCUCUGGGCCCUCAGCCAAUAAGAGGCCUCCGCUCAGCUUCCUGCGUCUCCAUGGCAACUUGAAGCAGGAGGAACGGUCCGAGGUCUUCCAGCAGUUCUCACUGUCUAAGUCGGGAGUUCUGCUGUGUACGGAUGUAGCAGCUAGAGGUCUGGAUCUUCCUCAGGUCACUUGGAUUGUUCAGUUCACUCCUCCGUCAGCGGCGGCGGAGUACGUCCACCGCGUCGGCCGGACGGCUCGAAUAGGAGGACAAGGAAGUAGCCUCCUCUUCCUCACCCCGGCCGAGACCGCCUUCAUCGAUGAGCUGGCCAAUCACAACAUCAGCCUAUCAGAGAUGAAGCUGCUGGACAUCCUGUCCAGUCUGAUGCUGGAUGAUGCGUACAAAGGGCGGGGCAAAUACCACAGCAAGACGUCGUCUCGAGCUCUGGAGCAGGAGAUCCGAGAGCGAGCCACGGUUCUGCAGACGCACUUUGAGAACUUUGUUCACGCAGAUGCUGAGUCGCUGCAAAACGCCAAGAAAGCUCUUCAGUCCUUCCUGCGGGCCUACACCACCUACCCCGCCCACCUCAAGCACAUCUUCCACAUCCGCUCCCUCCACCUGGGGCACGCCGCCAAGAGCUUCGGCCUGCGAGACGCUCCUCAGGGUCUCUGCCCCGGGGCUUCGGGCCCCCGGGACAAACGGCAGAACAAGAGACAGACGAGGAGCCCGGAGAGGAACCAGAAGAAGAAGACGAGCGGCAGCGGGGCGGCAGGGCGUGCUGACAGGAGGUUCCGUCCCGGGCAGAGGGACGAACGUCUGCUCCACUCGGAGUUCUCCAGCGGUUUGGACGAACAAGACGCAAAGAAGAAGAAGAAGAGAAGGAAGACGAUUGGUCAGUCGGGAGAGGAGGAGGAGCUGGAGUGCCCAUGACUCCUCAUCACCGUGACAACAUCAACCUGAGACGGAGCGGUCCGGUGUCAACAGGAAGUCAGAGUUCACACUGAAGACAUGAGACAGUGUUUGUGUAACAAAGAGUGUGUCACUGCUGAGUACAGACCACAACAACAUUAACACAAUAUUACAUACACACACUUCGAAAAGUCAAGUCAAAGCCUCCAUCGCCCCCUGGUGACUGACUGCGGUAUAGGUCAUAAACCUCCAUGUUAGCAGAUGGGACAUGGACCAAACUAAAAAGUAAAAGUAGACAUUAAAUAAAUGUUUGAAAAGAU